AUGGGCUACGAAGACGACAUCUCCAACGAUCCCGAUGCCGUGAGCGGCAAGAUCAUGGAGGCAGAUGGCGAGAAGGUGUACGCGGCUCCUCCGCCGUUCGAAGGCGACAUGCUGGGCGAGAUGAGCGAGACCGAGCGCGCCGUCUACGACCACGGUAUCAAGAAGUUCAGUCGUCUGGGCUGGAAGCGGCUCACCGUGGUGCUCAUUGUCGAGGCCAUCGCCCUGGGCAGUCUGUCUAUUCCCUCUACCUUCGCCGCCCUCGGAAUGGUCGCGGGUGUGAUUUGCUGCGUGAGUCUCGGCCUGGUGGCCAUCUAUACCAGUUUCAUCGUCGGUCAGGUCAAGCUCGCCUUUCCGCAGGUUGCCAACUAUGCCGAUGCGGGUCGCCUGAUAGGUGACCGCACCGCCGCAUUGCUGAUCCGAAUGAUCAAGCCCGUGUUCCCCAGAGUCGCCAACUUUGCCGAGCGGGGCCGCGUGAUUGGAGGUCAUUGCGGAUACGAGCUGGUCAACCUGAUGCUGGCCCUCCAGCUCAUCUUCCUGACGGGAUCACACUGUUUGACGGGCACUAUCGCCUUCAUGAAUAUCACCGAGAGUCAUGUCUGCUCGGUGGUUUUCGCGGUGGUAUCCGCUAUUAUUUUGCUCCUGUUGGCUAUUCCCCCCAGCUUUACCGAAGUUGCGAUCCUGGGCUACAUCGAUUUCGGAUCCAUCAUCAUCGCUAUCGGCAUUACCAUCAUCGGUACCGGUGUCUCUUCAACCAACGCACCCGGUGGACUCGCCGCGGUCCCUUGGUCCGCCUGGCCCAAGGAGGAUCUGACAUUCACCGACGCCUUUAUUGCGGUGUCCAACAUUAUUUUCGCCUACAGCUUUGCGAUGUGCCAGUUCUCGUUCAUGGAUGAAAUGCACACCCCGAGGGACUUUGUCAAAUCGAUCUGGGCUCUGGGUCUUACCGAAAUCUUAGUUUACACCUUGACCGGUGCCCUGGUCUACGCUUUCGUCGGCCAGGAUGUGUCGAGCCCAGCUCUGACCUCCGCGGGUGGCCUGUUGAGUCGUGUCGCUUACGGUGUCGCGCUUCCGGUCAUCUUCAUCAGUGGGUCGAUCAACACGGUGGUGUUUGGUCGCCUGAUCCACGGUCGUAUCUUUGCCAACUCCCCGAUCCGGUUUAUCAACACCACGAUGGGUUGGGUGACCUGGAUGGCAGUCAUCACGGGCGCGACGGUGAUCGCCUUCGUGAUCGCCGAAGUGAUUCCCUUUUUCAAUGAUUUACUGUCGAUUUCCUCGGCCCUUUUCAUCUCCGGCUUCACCUUCUAUUUCCCCGCGGUCAUGUGGUUCCUGCUGAUCCGCAAGGGCGGCUGGCUCGAGCCCAUGAAUCUGUUGUUGACCGUGACCAACGGCUUGAUCUUCAUUAUCGGAAUGAUCAUUCUGGUUGCUGGAACCUACUCCAGUAUUGAUGACAUUAUCAACAACUACAAGUCGGGUUCCGUGCGUGGCGUCUUCACAUGUGCUGCCCCCGAGUAA